AGCAGGACUAAACCCCCGCUGUGGGAGCUGGCGGAUGGCAUGGUCCCCACGGUCCCAGGCGAUGGGGGGGAAGGCGGGCAGUGACUGACCCACGGCAGGGACCUGGCAGGGGACCCCAACUCACGAUGCAGCUCCUGGGAGUGAACCCCAACGGUGCCUGGCAGCUGAGGAGUGGAAGCGUCAUGGAACCUCGUGUGGGCUCAUUCCUGCCAUCGCCGUUGGGGUAAAGCGAGACCGCAUCCGGCAUUGACGAGAACUUCUGCACUGCGGGACCCCCGCGGCUGCACGGCCACCGAAAACGCUGCCGAAACGGCCUUAAUUCCGGCUCCCUCCGAGGCCCCGGCUGCUCCAGUCCUGCAGGAACGGGAAGCUCAUUUUUCAGAUCGUUAUCUGCUGCAGCAGCAUCUCCUGCCCACCAGUAGCAAAUGAGCCAUUUAAGAAUGACAGCCAUUUGAGAAGGAUAUUUGAGGACAGAUCAGUUCCAUAAGGAAGGGGGAAAAUUCCAGCAAGAAAUGGACUUUUAGCUUGGCAGUUGCCAAACUGUUUGGGGCCAGCUGCCUCUCCCUGUCCCCGCCGAGACCUCCAGCGCCUCGCCGGGCAUCGCACCGACCGCCCGGACGCCUCGCGGGGAGGAUGAGCACUUGUGACUGGUGGGUGCUCGUUGUCAUCUCAGCUGUCACCUUGAUCAUAUACGCUCUCCUCUUGCUGACACUUUACAUCAUGCUGAGCAGGAAAAUAGUUGCAGCCAGCCAUUCCUGCAGCAAGCAGGCGGGCAGCAGCCCUGCAGCACAGCCCCAGCAGCCUCCGACCUCUUCAGCGGGAGGGGAAGGGGUGCAAAGACCAGUCUACGCAGGGAGCAGCGACACAUCUUCAGAGACCUCAGAGGACUCGGACAGCAGCCCUUCCUGCCCACAGGGCCGCCGCUCCGAAGAAAACCUCAACUACACGUCUUUGGUCUUCCCGGGGAAAGGCUCUGGGCCAGGCUCCACCGGGGACUACGAGAACAUGAAAACUGGGCCAGACUACAUCAACGUGGACCCAAAGAAGAGGAAAGUGGAUUUCUGGUCCUGCUCCAGCCCCGUGGCAUCCAAGUCCAUCGAGUAUACCGAGGUGAAGCUGUGACUCCCGGGAUGCUGCUGGUGGGGUUUCGGGUCAGGCCGCCACCGGGGCGGGGAGAUGCCCAAAGCCCCCGGCAGCCGCGCAGCCGGGGCUUCCCCUUCCCUUUGCCUCGGUCAGCGCCUGGCACGGGCUGACGCCCACCAGCUUUUAUUCCUUGUAACACUCUAACCCGCCGAUACAAUUUGCUUGGUAUUUUACUUAAAUGCAUCACUGUUCUGAAGGCUGCUGAGGCCUGAUGGUGCAGGGAAGCGUUCCUCCCACCCAGGCUGAAACGUGCUCUCCAGUUUUGUGUGGUGGCUCUUUUUCUCAUUUCAUGAAAGAAAAUGAAACAUCCCCCCUGCCCCUCAAAAUAGGAUGUAGUUCUGGGAGGGAAAUGCAGUGGUCUUCAAAAUACCCAUCCGAACUGGCUGGCAUCUCCUCAGAACCACGCUUUCUUUGCUGCCUGCAGUCAUAAAAUCCUUUUAAAUAUAGUUCCUCUGCUGGCUUUGCCCUCACUACCCCACAAGCCCUGAUUCAUCGCCCUCCCCCCCACCCUUUUUCCUCUGACGCUCAAAAUCUUUCCAAGUCCCCACCACCCUCGAGCUGCUGCUGGGGCGGCUGCACAGGCAGCUUGACCCCCGCAGCCGCACAUCGGGGGAUGCCAGGGAAGGAGGGUGGCCCUGCCGGGGAGUUUCCUCCCUCAGGUGACAGCCGUAGGCAUCAGCCCAGCUGGCAAAUGGCCGGGAGUUUCCCAGGGGGUUUAUAUCCCCUCCUCGGCUGGAGGCUCUGGGCUGGCUGCUGGUCCCUCUGGGCUGGGAGGGGCACAGGACUGGACCACAGGUCUCUGUGAGUGCAGGUAUCAGAUCCCUCUGUGUCUUGUGUGGAGGGAUGAUAUUCCCUGUCUCCCACCUUGUGUUUUCCUGCUUUGUCCCUGUACCAGGUGCCCUGGGUGCAGGAGUUGGCCUCUCCCCAGCUGAGCAGUGCCUGCACCCAGCAGGGCUUUGAGGGGGGGGUCAGUGCCCUGGGGUGGGGCACAUGCUGCUGCCCCCCCCACCCCCUGCCAUGGUCUGAUACCGUGUUUCACAUUUUCCUUAAGUAUUGCUUUAAUUCCCAGGGGGUUUGGAAUAUAGCACUGCAAUUUUCUCUAAAAAAACUGUGUUGGGGCCUCUCCAGCUUGCAGAGAUAAGCUUGGGAUUGUGAACCGAGUAUGCUGGGAAGGCUGUUAUCUUCUCUGAGGUGCUGCUUCCCCUGCUUGUCAGUGAUUACAUUUGUCAGGUCACCUUCAUGCUCCUGAGGGACUGGAGAGUCGGUGCCUGGCCAGCCCUGCCCGUGGCCGGGGCUCCCUGUCCUCGCUCUCCUGCAGCAAACUGCUGCUGCAAAUCGGGGCUGCAAAUUCCCUCCCGUCACUCCCUCUGGUUUUUAAAGGUGAUUUUUCAAGAAAUAAACUUCCAAAGUGCUGGGGAAAGGGAACCACACAAUAGCUGGGAGCUCUGCUAGGCUAAUGGAGCCGCUGCCUCCUGGUGCAGCCCCUCUUUAACAGGGAUGGAGCUGCCCCAAGUGCAUUUUGAAUUGGCUCAGCAGCAAAGAGCUUUAAUGAAAGGUUGUGAGAUGAUUGAUUUAGUAUUGAUUCCAGAGAGGACUCUGAGCUUGGGCACUCCUGGUUUUGUGAUCUUGUUGUGCACAUCUGACCCAAUUUGAAGGGCACAUGAAGGAAAAAUGUUCAAAAAACCCUAAACAGUCUCUGGGAAAUGUUGCUAAAGGCCAGGAGAGUUGGGUUUAUGGAACUGGAAAUUAAGUAAAAACCAGCUAGUGGGAGUUUCUGGAAAAACCGAUUCAAAUGCUUGGUGAUUAAAAAGUGAAAAUAAUUUCAGCUUUCAAAAUA